AUGCUGAAGAGACCAGCAGAUUUCCUCUUUCAAGUUCUGAGGAGUUUGUCGGGUUCAAGCAGGAAAAGGCCACCUGGCAGAAAACGGGAGCUCAGGACUGGGGUGGUGAAGGAGGACUUGAGCACACUUAGCGUGGAUAGACUGCCAAGGCAAGGCGUAAGGUUUCGCAGGAUAUGGAAGAGCGACGAAUGGGUUGAUUCUGCGCAAGCUCUCGCAGAAGAUCGAGAAAGUUGGGAAGAACUAUGUUCAAGGACGACACACCUCGGCGAAAAUGUGGAGAAUCGCGUCACGCGAUAG